UAUCUGGAGUCAGUUCGGCCACUUAUGGAUGAUGAAAAGUUCAAAAGAAUGGAGGGUCUUGCCAAAGAUUUUGCAUUUAAUUUGGGACCAAGGCUUCAGUGGUAUUUGAAGCUAAAAUCCUGGUGGGCCACAAAUUAUGUUAGUGAUUGGUGGGAAGAAUACAUCUACCUUAGAGGACGUGGACCAAUUAUGGUCAAUAGUAACUAUUUUGCAAUGGACUUCCUUUAUUUAUAUCCCACAACCUUGCAGGCAGCUAGAGCUGGUAAUGUUAUCCAUGCCAUCCUGCUCUAUCGGAAAAAACUGGACAGGCAAGAAAUCAAGCCAAUUCUCCUGAUGGGAUCUACUGUUCCACUCUGCUCAGCUCAGUGGGAACGCAUGUUUAAUACUUCCCGUAUCCCAGGAGAGGAAUCAGAUACUCUGCAGCAUGUGAAAGACAGCAAACACAUUGUUGUGUAUCAUAAGGGACGUUACUUCAAGGUGUGGCUGUACCACGAUGGCAGAUUGUUGAAACCCCGAGAAAUUGAGCAGCAGAUCCAGAGAAUCCUUGAUGAUGAUUCAGAGCCUCAGGCUGGAGAAGAGAAACUUGCAGCUCUUACUGCAGGAGACAGAGUACCAUGGGCUAAAGCUCGCCAGGCUUAUUUCAGCCGUGGAAAGAACAAACAGUCCCUAGAUGCUGUUGAAAAAGCAGCAUUUUUUGUGACAUUGGAUGAUGUCGAGCAGGGGUACAAGAAGGAAGAGCCAGUGAAGUCACUGGAUGCAUAUGCAAAAUCAUUAAUACAUGGCAGAUGCUAUGACAGGUGGUUUGAUAAGACAUUCACUCUUAUCGUCUUCAAAAAUGGCAGAAUGGGUCUGAAUGCAGAGCACUCUUGGGCAGAUGCUCCUAUUGUGGGACACCUGUGGGAGAAUGUGAUGGCAACUGAGUAUCUUGAACUGGGCUAUUCAGAAGAUGGGCAUUGCAAAGGAGAUACCAACCAAAACAUUCCUAUUCCUACCAGGCUGCAGUGGGAGAUUCCAGAAGAAUGUCAAGAAGUGAUUGAGAGGUCUCUGAGUACUGCUGUAGCUCUGGCAGAUGAUGUGGAGUUCUGUUCAUUCCUCUUUGAUACUUUUGGGAAAGGACUAAUAAAGAAAGCAAAAACCAGCCCUGAUGCCUUUGUGCAACUUGCCCUGCAGCUUGCUCACUAUCGGGACAUGGGGAAAUUUUCUUUAACGUAUGAAGCCUCCAUGACACGCUUGUUCAGAGAAGGCAGGACAGAAACUGUUCGCUCAUGUACUGUUGAAUCAAGUAAUUUUGUUCAAACCAUGGAAGACCCGACUGAAAGUAAUGAAAAUAAGCUGAAGAUGUUUCGGCUUGCUGCUGCCAAACAUCAGCACUUGUAUCGUCUUGCCAUGACUGGUUCUGGCAUCGAUCGCCAUCUCUUCUGCCUUUACGUCGUGUCCAAGUACCUUGCUGUAGAUUCUCCUUUCCUUAAGGAAGUUUUGUCAGAACCUUGGAGACUGUCAACAAGUCAGACACCACAGCAACACAUUGAUCUGAAGAAGAACCCAGAGAUGUUAUCCUCUGGUGGAGGGUUUGGCCCGGUGGCUGAUGAUGGUUAUGGUGUUUCUUAUAUUAUCUUGGAUGAAAAUUCCAUCCAUUUCCAUGUCUCCAGCAAAAUAUCUUGUUCUGAGACGGAUUCGCAUCGAUUUGGACAAAACAUCAAAAAAGCAAUGGUUGACAUCAUGGGUUUAUUUAGCUCAAGUAAAAACUGUACAAAGUGAUACUCAUUCUUGGUGCCAAGAAAUCUCCUGUUGUUGGGAUGAGAACUCUUCUGCACGGUGAACGACAGCAAGGUUUGUCCAACAGUAGCUGGCGAAGAAACUGAGUCAACACCUUCUUGAUCACCUGUUAAAACCUUCACAGUGUAUUAAAUGUUUCUUUGGGUUGUUUUUUUUUCAGUAGUCCAGAAGAGUUUAUUUCCACAAAGGAUGACUUUUGAAAUCUUAUAUGUU